AUGGACCGGAAGUACUUUUUGCCUAAAGCUGCCGUCGUCGUUAUGUUUUUGUCAUGCGCACUGAGCUUUACGAUACGAAAGCGGUCCUCACCAAGCCCAUCAGACCUUAACAAGGCUUUCAAAAUGUUGCAGCGUCAGAGGCGACGAGUAGAUAUGAGCGAAUACCUUCGGAACAAUCUCGAUGAUAUGCAAGAAACAUAUGACCCUUACGAGGAGUAUGGGGGAUUAGAUGGGCGGUACAGUCUAGAAGAUAUACUACCAGCUUAUCAACAGUACCUUGAUGAACUGGAAGAGGAUGGGGAACAAGAAAUGCCAAACAGAGCUCCAUCGCUUGACGAAUUAAAAAGCUUAUUCGGGACGUCAGACAAUGAGCAUAAUUCAGUUCUAGACGAGGCUAUCAAAGUGAAAGGUGAAAGUCAAUCCUCAAAUAGGAAAAUUACGAAAUCACAAAUGGAAAAUCUCUUAAGCCAAGUAAAAGAUGAAGAAACGCAAGACACACAGGAAAUAGAAAAACCGGAAACAUCUUCAAUCAUAGAAGAGACAGGCGACACAGAUCAGGCAGAGGGUUCUUCAAAGCCGGAAGUUGUUACUAAAGAGGAACUGAAAGAUAUAUUUGGGGGUGAUGAAUCAUCAGAAGCAAAAGACGAUACACCAUCUGAUAACAAAGAUAGCGAGGAGGAGGACAGCAAUUCAACAGGACAGGAAAUGGUACCACAGAUGAACUCAUUCCCUAGUGAAAAGAAGAAAAAAGUUGCAAAGCGAGAUAAUGGGGAGACUUUGAGAUCGGAGGAGGAGGAUUUACAUAAUGAGAUAGCUCUUCUUCAUUUGAUGGAAGGCAUUGAGGAUGAGGAAAUCGAUAACCUUGCCUCCGCCCUUAAAGAAGCAACCAUGUCUCAAAUGGAAGGAGCAGAUUCUUAUCUUCGACCUGAGUACAAGGACAUUGAGAAGGCCAUCAGAGAUGAAGAAAUUCUACAGGAGCUGAAAUCAAACCCAUCUAUGGCACUACAAAUGGCGUCCUUGGCGCAUCUAGCUCGAGACAACGGGCUGAAUGUAGAGGAGGAGGACGAUGAAGAGGAGGACGAUGACAGUGACGAUAUCAUUGAUAAAAGAGGCGAUGUAAACGACGACGAGAAACCAACCUAUGAGGACGGAAUGGGAAGAUGGUACGAAAAUCCGCUACCAGAUGACGAUGAGGAAAUUGAUAAUAAAGAUGCUCAAGUUGUCCUAGAAAGAUUCGUUAAACAGUAUCUACAAAGUGGAGACGCAAAUGAAAAUGAAAUCGAUGAUGUUCCUGAAUUACAAAGGACAAAUGGUGACACGGCUAAUGACGAGGCUGUGAGACUGGCACUUUCCGAGUACCUCGCAUCACAAGGAGACCCCAAUCAAGAGACGCCAAUGGGUGUGACAGAAGAAUCAUGCCUGGCCGUUGACCUGCUGAAUACUGACUGUGAAAUUGCUGAUAAGAUGGGUUUGCCUAUUGAUGAUGAGGCUAGGGAGUUGUGUAACCGACACGAGAUGUGUUACAUCUGUGGAAAGGGACACGGCAUUACAAAAAGCCAAUGUGAUCAAGGUUUCGGGUCAGAGGUCAUUGAAAUAUGUGGCCCUAACAAAAGCUGCAUCCGAGACGGUGCCCAGUUUCUCUGGCUCAUCAAGAGUGGACAACAGUACAGUGACCGCCCCCUGGAUGAGUGUAGAGAUCCAUGUGUCCGUGAUUAUGUACUCGGGCUAUAG